CACGUGUCCGGCUCGGCCCGGUCCCCUCCCCAGCCGAUUCUCCCAGGAUUAGCGCACGCGCUUUCUCGGCCGAGGGAACAGCCGCUUUCAGCACCGCGGAACUGCGGACAGCGCCUUCCGCCCUCCCCACCAAGGCGGCGCUUUUGCGGUCAGGAGGCCACGACGCCGACGAAGACCAUGGAGGGCGCGGCGGGCUCCCAGUCGCUGGACGGGGAGGCGGCUGCCGGCCAGAGAGCAGAGGCGAGGCGCCCGGAGACAGCGGGCUGCACCUCCAGGGAAAAAGUAAAGCCAAAGCUUUGUCAAAGUUGUCAUAAUGUGCCGGAGAUCAGAAAGACGGAGCCGAGCUCCAAUGGAGGCUCCUGGGAACGGAGAUGCCCUGUCCAUCACUGCCCGAUUGAUGCUUCUCCCAGCUCAGCGAGAUACCAUCAGGCCUCUUCCAGCCAUAUGCACGCCCCAAUCUCCACUCGAUCCAACGGGCAGGUGCCCUCUGGCUCCCAGGACUCCUUCCAGCCUCACCUGUAUUACCACUGCAACCAGCAAGAAGCCAGAAACAGCUACGCCUUGCCUCCCCUGCCAGGGCACGGGGAGAGGGCGACCUUGUGCUCCCAUCACUCCAGUGGGGAUUCGUCGUCAACUCCCCAGCACGAGGCUGCGGACAUGAGAUGGAAACAGUGGCCCCACGACCAGCAGCAGUUACGGCCAGUGCAACACCAUGUCGUCACGGUCAGACAUGACAAAGUGUUCAGGAUGCCAAAGAGUUUGUCCCAAGUGAUUGCUGAGUGGCCAGUCGCUGUCUUAGUGCUCUGUUCGGUGACCGUGUUGGUCUGUACGCUGGUGAGCGUGUUAGUGGGAAAUUUGCCUGAUUUUUCUGAACCCUUGAUGGGAUUUGAGCCACGAGACACCGACAUAGGCAGAAAGCUCACCGUCUGGAAGAAUAUGAAAAGCCACACAGGCUAUAAGAAGAUUCUCUCUCUUUCCCCUCACAAUGACAACAGCUACGGGGACAUAGGCAUGAACAGAGGGCAGAGAUCCAUACAAGGCGAACGAGAAGCAAGAAUAAGGAGGAUGGUGGAGCCAGACUAUGAAAAGGAUGGCUUCUUUUGUGGACCCCCAGGGAAAAGUUAUUCUCAGCUGGUAUUUAUGUCCACAACUGCUGGAAGCUUAUGGAACUUGAAAGCAAUACAAUCCAUGUGUCAAAUGGAACAGGACAAGAUCCGUUCUCAUGCAGAGUUUGGGAAUCUCUGCCAGCGUACUGAAGCCAACGAAUGCUGUCCAAGUUGGUCUCUUGGAAACUUUAUCGCAGCCCUGUACAACCGGUCUUCUUGUUUAGAGGUUACCGAAGCUGAUGUUUCCCACACCCUCGUGCUCCUUCGUUCGUGUGCCCCCGACUAUCACAAAGGUGUCCUCGUCCCUCCUUGCAUCGGUCCCAAGACUGAAAGAGACAAGCACGCCCAGUGCUCCAAAAUCCCUGAGAAAUGCACUCGCUUCCAUGCUGUUUACCAGCUUCUUCAUUUCCUCGUCGACCGAGAUUUUCUCAGUCCACAGACAGUGGGAUACCAAGUGCCAACCCUGAAAUACAGCCUGCUGUUCUUGCCUAUGAUGAAGGGAGCAUCCAUGAUGGGCAUCUACCUGAACAACCUUGAGUCGUGGGACUUGUUUGAUAAUUACACCUCCAUUACUGGGAUGGACCUGGGCCUUAAGCAGACAUUAUUCCAGCACUACCUAUUACUGGAUACCGUGUAUGCAGUCUUGGCGAUACUGGCCAUAUUUCUAAGCAUAUUUUUUUAUUUGCGCUCGGUCUUUAUUACUUUUAUCACCUUAAUUAUUGUCUUUGGUACCUUGAUGAUUUCCUAUUUCUUGUACAAGGUGGCCUUCAGAUUCUCCUACUUCCCUUUUGUAAACCUAACAGCGGUAGUCAUUCUCAGCAGUCUUUGUGCCAACCACACCUUUGUCUUUUUCGACCUCUGGAACCUGAGCAAGAGCCAGAACCCAUCCGCUGGGCUACUGCAGUGGGUAAGACUAACCAUGCAUCACUUUGGGUAUCUCAUGCUAGCAUCUUGCCUGACGACUGGUGCUGCUUUCUACGCCAGCUACAUGAGUUACAUAACCGCCAUUCGAUGCUUUGCCAUCUACAUGGGCACCUCUGUCCUGGUGAACUUGGUCUUCAUGCUGACCUGGCUUCCUUCAACCGUUGUGCUGUAUGAACGUUACCUAGCAAGGAACUGUGUCUAUAAACCAGAGGGCUAUUGGAAUAACAGUGGGCACAAGAGUGUCAUUCUCUCUCUCCACCACAUUCUCAGGCAUAUCCAGAAAACCUGGCACGAAACGGCCAAGUUAUUAUUUGAGAAAGUUCUUCCUUGUGGGGUGAUAAAGUUCCGCUAUAUAUGGAUCUGCUGGUUUACUGCCUUGGCUAUAGGGGGUGCCUACAUUUCCUGUCUGAACCCUAGGCUCAAACUGCCUUCUCUAGAGAUGUCAUCUGUGCAGGUUUUCAGGCUAAGCCACCCCUUUGAGAGGUAUGAUGCUGAAUAUUGUAACGAGUUUAUGUUCGAAAGGCUGGAGAGAGGAGAAGACCUGCACAUGCCCGUCACUAUUAUAUGGGGUGUACUCCCAGUGGACAAUGGGGAUCACUUUAACCCCAAGAGCAAUGGUACUCUGGUGAUGGACCCAGCAUUUACCAUCGAAAAUUCUGAAGCUCAGCUAUGGCUGCUGGACUUUUGCCAAAAAGUUAAAAACCAAACUUUUUACUACUCUGAACUGGAACAAAAACCCACCGUUUGCUUCAUGGAAGAAUUCCACCGGUGGAUGGAUAGCCGCCAGUGCUCUAAGAGAGAUCACAGCUUCAACCUCUGCUGUAAUCACUUCUCCUUCCCAUACAGCAGAGAAGUCUUCCUUCAUUGCAUCAAGAUGAUGAUCAUGGAACAAAACAGAGACGAGGCUGAGACUCAGGACCUAGGCCUCAGAUUUGAUGAAAGAGGCAACCUGGUUGCUUUGGUGCUACAGUUUCAAACCAUUUACCACUACAGCUUCAACUAUAGCAAGGCCAAGCAUUUCUAUGAUGAAAUUGGCCUCUGGAUAAGAGAAGAGAUGAAGGCAGCCCCCAUGGGGCUUCAGAACGGCUGGUUCACCAGCAAGCUGGAGCUCUACAAUCUCCAGCACAGUGUGGACACAGAGAGUAUGGUAGUGCUGGGCUUAUCAAUAGCCAUCUCAUUCAUGGUUCUUUUGCUCACAACUUGGAAUGUCCUUCUUAGCUUGUUCUCCGCCGCAGCUAUUACAGGCACCGUUCUGGUAACUGUCGGCCUGUUGGUCCUCCUGGAGUGGCAGCUCAACGCGGUGGAGUCUCUAUUCAUUUCGGUAGCAGUGGGUCUCUCCGUUGACUUCACGGUCAACUACUGCAUAUCCUACCACUUGUGUCCGCAUCCUGAUCGCCUGAGCCGUGUAGCCUUCUCCCUGAAGCAGAUGAGCUGUGCCACUGUCAUGGGGACUUCGGCUUUGUUUUCGGCAGGUGUCAUCAUGCUGCCUGCCACCGUGCUGGCCUACAGGAAGCUGGGCAUUUUUGUGAUGAUGAUCAAGUGUGUCAGUUGCGGCUUUGCGAGCUUCUUCUUCCAGUCUCUCUGCUGUUUCUUUGGCCCGGAGAAGAAUUGUGGACAAAUAAUUUGGCCUUGCACUCGUGCUCUGAAAAACUAUUCGGACGACCCGAGCUCUUCCAACAGAACGUUUACCUGUGGAGGAAAUGAGAAGCAGAGUAGGUUACAAAAAGGUCAGGAAUCCAACAGUGCAAAUGAACAGUACGAGCUCCAGCCUUUGGCCAGGAAGCUUAGUGACAGCUUUGACAACAGCACCUCUACAAGCAAGUUGUCCAAUCGUCCAUCUGUCUUAUCUGAAGACAUUCAGCUCCAAGAUAGCAAGUGCUCUGGAAUGGAAAUUCAUCCUUCCUCUGAAAAGGACAGACAGAAGCUGGAACAGAGUGCAGGGCGUCAUGUAACCCUUUGCCAAUGUCCAGCCCUGCAAACAUCUUCUCCUUACAAACCUGGAAGCAGCUCAGGAAAUGAAGCAGAAAGUCAUAGGGACAGGCCUUGCAGAGACUGCAGAUGUAAAAAAUAUGGCCAUAAAGCUUGGGACCAUCUUCAGUCAGCCAGCACAGUUGAUGACAAACUGCUGAAUAAAUCUCACUCCUCAAGCAACACCGAUCAACAAAAAUCAGAUUAUACCUCAGAAAAUAGUAAUGUACCAGAAACUGAAAUGUACGAACUCCACAGAUGCCUUUAUUCCACUGGCAGCUCUUUCAGUGCUCAGAAUGUCUCCAGUGAGACAUCCCUGAGUGACUUUGAACCAAGCGUAAAACUCAUGGAAUCCGCCAGUUAUUGCCCAGGUCAUUUAGAUGUAGCCGGUUCUUGCUGUCCAACUCAAAGAGGUCACCUGAAUGGAAAGAGAGACACCCUGAGGCUGGACCUGAGGGAGACUGUCUUUGACACAUCUGCUUCAGCAUCCCAGCAAAACAGCGGAUUGAGGAAAACUCAAAGGUUAGGAGUAGGGGGCGAGGAUCCAGUUGUCUUGCCAAACAGCAAACCAGAUAUGCCUGAUGUUUGGAUCAAGCGUUCUGGCGCCCAAAACUCUGGAUACUGAAAUGAACAUCUCAGAGGAAAUAAUUGCUAUUUCAGGGGCAAGGAUAAUUAAUUUCCAUUUUGAGUAGUGAGUAUAAAACUUUUCCAAAAACAAGAACAGGCUGCAUUUUUACAAAGCCAGCAAACCUGGUGCGGAUUAGAGGCAGAUGUUAUUGCAGUGUCAGCUGUUCAACUGCCUGCUCAAUACAGUGCCAUAUUCUCUAUUAUACUGCAGGUUUAUUAAGCAAGAGUUCUUUGUCAUUCUCUCCAGUGCAAUUCGUUUUGGAGUAAACGGAGAGGCAUGAUGAUGAGUGGAAUAAGUGUGAAGUAAAUGGCUCAAAGGAUAUUUUAAAGACAAAGGAAAACCCUUUUCUAAAACAUCAUUGCUACUAACCGACUGAAUAUUGAUGGCGUGACACAAAAAGUGUAUUUUAGCUCAGUCAUCGCUCUUUUCACCAUCAGUCAAACAAAUCUCCUUGGGGAAAUUGUAUUCAGAUAGCUGAAAGUAAUAUUAUCUGGGGUACUUUCUUUCAGAGAAGACUAACCAGUAGCCCUUCAAAAACAAUGGUGGUUGCUCUCCCCUACAAUUUCCCCCUACAAUGUAAUUUACAAGUGGAACCUGCAAGAAAUUGUUUUGCAGCGUGGAACAUUUCUGUUCUGGGGUCCAGCCAGCCAUGCCUUUCCCUAGAUAUACUGUUU